UUUAGUAUUGGUAAUGUUGUUAGAUAUUUGUGUAUAGAAUAUAGGAUUCAUUACUUUUAUCUAUGAGGAUGAAGCCUUUGUGUCUCAUUCAAAAGGGAACCCUUUGAACUUAUACUGGUGGUGCCCAUUGACCAAAAACCACAGGGUCUUACCUGUCCAGUGGUCUUUAUAGAAAUACAACAGGAAGUAUUAAUUAAAUACAAACUGCCGCUUGGCUUGCCAAGAGGCUAUGAAAGACUGUGACUGUGAUUGUCCAUGACUAUCCUGGGUAGUGUAUUUAAUUAAAUUUGUUUGUUGGACUUGCAUAGCAGAAGGUGAGUCAAAAUUUGAACCACUUUGCACAGCGGAGGAUGAGGCAAAAUUUGGACCACUUUUCUAAUUGUAUUACUUUUGCUGGUUGAGUAGUAGUCUUGCACAGUAUGCAUAAAGAGAGUCAGUUAUCACUUCUGAGUGCUUUCUUGAGUAACCAACACCUGCUUCAUUUUGGAAGUCUCUUGUUAUACUUCUCAAGGAAACACACUAUACUGGAGAGAAAAGGGCUUUAAAUAUUGGAAACUUCUUAAUUAUUCCAUGUAGACAAGACAGGUUUGGGUUUAGGAAGUGGGGGAAAGCCUGGUGUUGAUAAAAUAAUCCCUGAUGAAUUACAGAUUAAUAUCAGGAAUAUGAAUAUAUUUUAUCACAACAGGAGUGAGCCCGGAGGUGGGCACAUUCUGAGGAGAGUUUAAUUCCUGCAUAGAAGUCUGGAAAAUCUUGGAGAAAAUGACCAGUGCAGUGAGAAUAGCUCCAGCAUCUGUUCUCUCCCCUGGUGUAUAUACUUGUGUAACCACCACCCAGAUCUAAAUAUAGGACAUUUUCAGCCCCCAAGGAAAUGCUCUGGUUGAUGCUCCAUCUCCCAGAGGAACAUCCAAAGUUCCCGGGAAAGGGAGCUGGGGGUGGAAAAAUCACGUUUGUAUAAAUUCCAUAUAAAAAAGAAAAGAGACCAGUUGAGGACCCAGCAUCAAGCUGACUUGGGACUGGAGAUGUUGGACACCAUCGCCGCUUCCCUGCAGGACCUGGGCAGGCAGGUGCUGCCCACUCUGCUCUCGCUGAGCCAGGAGGAAGUCUCUACCAUUUGGGAGAACGUGUCAGAAUUUGUCGAGCGGCAGCUAUCCCUACACAAGGGAGUUCAUAUUCCAGGACUUGGAACUUUCACUUUCACGAGACAAAAGCUUGAGGUGGGAAACAACAAGUUUUUUCUAAUUCAGAGGCCCACGUUUAUCAUGGCGGAGAAGUUAGUGCAGAUCCAUGGACUCAAACAAAACAAAGUAUAUACUCCUGGUGACAUCCCAGUUGUUCCUCUUAAUUUUGUCAUGAUCUCCCUGGAGGGUCCAUUUAGCAGAGAUACAGUGGAAGGAUGUGUGAAGGAGACAUUGCUUUUUUUAUCACGAUCCAUUUCCAUCAAACAAAAUGUGGAGUUUACAUUCAAAGGAAUUGGGGUCCUCGUGAUUAAAGACGGCAAAGUGAAGAUGAGAUUUUAUAAGGACUUCCUUUGUGCAAUGGAUGGAAGUGGGGCUUUGGCAAAAGCCCUAGCAAAUAGGCCUGACACUGUGGACUCGGUGUUGUCUAGCAGAGAGGCCUUGGGGAAGUGGCCCAACAGCGCGCUUGCAUUUCCAAGGAUUGAGCUCAAGCAGAUGGAGAACAAACCACCUAUGGAGACCAUUGUAGAGGAAGGUGGAAGGAAUAGACAAAGGAAGAGCAAAUUAAGAGGCCAGACAGACAAAGAAGAAGGCGCCCGAGAGAUCUUACCACCCAAGAUAAUUCGAGAUAGACAAGCUACCUCCCUUACCGAAGGGAUAAACGUCAGUUCGUCGAGCAAACCUGAGCAGAAUGGGAGUGGAGGGAAGAAGGGGAACCUUGAAAGCUUAUCAUCUCCAGGUGGUCUGAAAAAUGACAAUGAAACAAAGCCUAAAAUUUCUCCAGCCCCUGCUUGCCAGGAUCAUAACAGGGCAGGACAGGAAAUGUGUUACGUGUGUUUGCAACGAGCACAACGAAAUUCCCCACUGUACUACAGUGAGGAGAGGAGGAGGAGGGAGGUAGAGGACGAGCGGCUCAUGCAGCAGCAUCAGCUGCUGAAAGACCAGGAGGCCCUCUUCAAGGAGCAGAUAAGAAGCCUGGCUAGUAGAGAACAGAAUCAAAAAAAUGCUGCCUAUAAUCUUGGAGUUGCUGAAGCUAUAAGAAUCCACAAGAAUGAGAAACCUGAAUUUUAUAAAUCCUUCCUGUUUGAUAAACGGUCACUCAGUCCUGAGAUUAAUGCUUUUAAGCAAGAAGAAUAUUCCCAAAGUCUCCUGAAACAAAUGGAUCACAGACGGGAAAAGGAUAUAAAGCAAAGACAGAACAGAGAGUUGAUGGAUCGCCUGGAGCAAGUCCAGCUCACAGAGGAACUUGCUGCACAAAGGGCCAAAUAUAUAAAAGAUAAGAUGGAAGAAACACAGUGUUACAAGAGAGCUUUGGAUGCACAGAUAAAGAACAAACGCCCCCAGCUGCCCAUGUUUGAGCCAGACUCUUCUGAACCCAUCUUUGGUAAGAAUGAGGGUGAGCUGAUGGUGGAAAAGCGAAAGCAAGAACAGAAUUACAUGAAGCACCAGCUGGAGGCAGCUGCUAACCUCAAGAGGAGAGCCAUCCUACACCAGCUGGUGGACCAAAAGCGGGACUUGCUGAUGCUUCAGAGGACACACAAAGAGCACUUGGCAGACAGGAAUGCUGAGCUGGAGCGACUGAACAGAAUCAACCAAAGCUUACAGAACGACUGGGCACGAAGUGCUGUAAUGAAGAAGCAGCGGGACCUGGAGGAGAAGGCUUUCGAGAGGGCUUCGGACAAGCUCUUCCUCCUGGACCAGUGUGAGAAGUACCGGCGCUGCCGGCAGUGCCAGAGGCGCACCUCCAACGUGGGCGAGAGCAACCUGUGGCCCCUGAGCAAGUACGUGCACGGCUCCCGGCUGUUUGUGUAAAAGUCAGUGUGCGCCUGCGUUUUCCAGGGGGAGUUUUUCUUUUUUAAAUGUUUAGGGAUGAUGGUGCAACUACAUAUCUGUACUAUAAAGAAAAAAAAAUUUUUUGCGGUUUCGGUGCUUUCAGGAGUAGACUGAAUUCAGUUUCCAGGUUCUCCCCUCCUGUCUCACUGACCCCCCCGCCCCGAACCCUGCGCGGGCCGUCGCGGCCGGGAGGGGACCCGGCUUCAUUCUGGCUGAGGGGGUGCUGCUGACCCAGCCCUGCCACUCUGUGACUUUGUGUGAGGAGCUUUUUUCCCUCACCUAUAGUGAAUAGUGUCAUAAUAAAUACUCUACGUGUUUGUGCAUAACAAUUCAUAAUGGUAAAUUUUACUACCACUCCCUCCCACCCCCCAGCUUUAGAUUUUUCCAGAGGACUGUAUGUGUGAGCCUCCCAGAGGUCGGGUAGGCUAUUUGCCUCACGUGGUCAGAGUGAUGCUUCCUGAAUUUUCUAGUUGCUGACACACCUGGGACUUGCUGGGACCUCAGGGGUUAUUUUGCUCUUGGUGAUCUUCUGGCCGACCCUUCCUUCCUCCAUCCGGCCAUUUCUACACCACGAGUGUAGGUUUAUUGUUGAGAUAAGUAUGUAUUGUGAGGGGAGCCUGGCUGGCUUGCCAGGGUCCACCUUCUGCUCUUACUGCUUUCCUUGCAUCCAUUCUUAAGCUGUAUGUGCUGUGGAAGAGGGCUAGCUUCCUAUUACGAGACUGAUUCUCAGUUAAGGUGUAUGUGUUCUCAACCAGAACUUUCUUCAUUGAUCUUCACCCUCUGUCUUUCCUCUCCCUGCCCUGUCCUGCCACUCAGGUAAAACAAUUAACUAAGCAGAGUGAUGUCUAAAUUUCUGAAAUACAAAAACUGGAAAGAAAGUCCCUUAGACUCUCUGUUUUCUGCUUGCCACAUCUUUCUUAGAAAAUGGGGGAAGUAUAUGUGGGGAGACAUCCAAAAUAGUGUUUGGCCCUACUCCAAAUACAAAAUAGGAAUAUUUUGAGCCCUGAAUAGUUAAAGGGAGAAUAUUUACUCAAAUUGAUAUUGGGCAAAUUUUGUUGCUGAUGUUAUCUUUUUCUGUAAAAACAAGUAUGCUCUCUGGUGACUGUUAUCUUUUUCUGUAAAAACAAGUAUGCUCUCUGGAUUGUCUGGAACCUCCCUUCCCACACUUCCUGCAUUGCCACUUCCUUCCAUUUCCUCAGAAGAUCCCUCCAUGCAGGUCCAAUCAACACCAACCAAUAUUUAAAACAAUAGCUUUUCCCCAGGACUGCUUGACUUGCUUGAAAUCCAUCCCUGCUACACCCUUGGUGUAUUUCUUUGUCUCUAAUAGAUAAUAAAUUUCUAUAAUAGUGUUAUAUUAAUAUAUUAAAAAAA